AUGUGAAAAAAAAUAAAGCCGCUCCAAACCCCAAACCCCGCGUCGGUGAGCCAGUUCCGGCAAGGUGAAGGCUGGGCGGGGUGGGGGAGACGCGGAUCGCGCCCGCCAGGCCACCGCGGACCUUGACCGCCGGGCGGGGCUGGGGCGUAGGUGUGGUGGGAGUGCUGGGGAGCCUCGGAGGGGAGGGGGCGGUCACGCGGCGCUGGGCUGCGCGGGCCGCACAGGAGUGCGCCCGGGCGGGCGCGGCCGGGGGGCCAGUGUCGCGGCUCACGCUGCGGGCGGUGUCGGGCUGUGUGCGUGUGUGCUCCCUUCACGCGGCGGGGAACUGACUCAAAGUCAAACAAUCCCAGGCGUUUGCGUCGUGGCCGUCCGCCCGAGGGGGCGGACGCAGAACCUCCGGCGGCGCGGGGGUCCCAGCUGAGCACACGCUCCCUCCCGGCUUCUCCCAAGCCAGCCACUGGGGGCCGCGGCGCCACUCCCGGAGCCCCGGACCCCAGGCUCUGGAGGGUUUGGGACUGGGGUCGCCUCCCUGCUCCAGUUCCGUGUUGGAAUCCCCUACUGCGGUGAUGGGGGACGGCUGUCGAACUUCAGCGCCCAGGCCUGCGCCCCCUUUCCUUCCGGCCAGCACCCCCCCCCACCCCACCCCCGCCGCGGUACGUGCGCAUGGCGUCGGAAGAAAGGCCCCUGGGUGGCUUAUGAAUGACAGAGGCAGGCAAAAAACAGGCGCUACCCCCGAAUCCCGGCCCUGGUGGAGGGAAGUCCACAGGAGGGGUAGCCGGCUGGGCAGGGAGGUACUGUGGGGAAGGUGUCAAGUAAUCUUGGGGAGGCCCAGACCCUGGAGACAGCUUAGGUGCCAAAGCUGCGACUAGGCGCUGAUUUCGCGAAUGGAGGAGACGAAUUCUCAUUCCGGUGGUCCUGUUCUGCGAGGUGGGAGCACCACAGGACAGGAGGCCGCGGCUGGGCCUGGGAGCCGGCGGGUCCCCACCCUGCAAAUAAGCUGUUGGGAGCCAGGUCCCACCUCUGAUGCCCAGCCCCAGCAGGAGGCCAGGGCCCAGUUUUCCCUAACACUCCCUGGUGACCCCGCCCUUCUCAAGACUUUGUCCCACUGCAAGUAUUAGAAGAGGUUGGCUCUUCUCUUGAGCGCUGGUGUAGGUAUGUUAAAAUCAUAUUUCUGAGUAGAGAGCCCCGGUGGAGCCCCAGCUCUGGCCCUCCCUGAUGCUCAGGGUUCACAUACCUCCCUGGAAUCCUGGGCAGGGGUCCCCUUGACUCUGCCUCCAUCUCAUUUGAGGGAAGGAGAAUCUAGUGCCUUCUGUGGGUUUUGGAAAGGGUUGGAAGAGGAUGAAUGCUCAGACCCAUCUCUGCUCCCCAGGCUGCCUGGGCCAGGACAGAGUCCUCUGCACCUGGCCACCUCCCUGAAGCACUCUGAUAGGAUGCCCGACGCCAGUGUGGUGCCCUUCCAAGCACCUGCCCAGAAGGUUUCCACCAGAAAAUCAAGCAGGAGAAAUCUUAUGUCUGCUUACUCUCAUCCGUUGCAAGUCUUCUGUGUGUUCGUGGUGCAGGACUAUAUUUGCCCCGUUGUAUAGUAUAUAAUGUCUAAGCGGAUGCAUAUACUAUUUCACGAUGCACACUGAAGAUCAGUCGUUUAAGGAGGAGGGUUGGUCAUCAGGAACAGUUGGAGAGAAUUGUCCAGAGGGGACAACUGAACGGCUUAGCCAGCCCUUCAAUCCCUGGCCUUCCUUGUCUUUCUGGCUUCAUCAUCUAAUAUUCUUCUCCCUUCCUCCCCUCCCGAUGCCUUCCCAUGACAUCAUUGUUCUGCUGACACUCAACUUCCAGUUGCCGGAACAUGCCCGAUGCUUUCAUGUCUGCAGCCCCCAGAAGAAUCUGCCAGCCAGGGGGGCUCAACCUUUCUUGAGCCCCUCCCAAUUUCGGUGCUCCCAGCUCUUCUUCCAACUGGGCGUUCCCUAAGGCUUGUAGCGCACCAAGGGCUCUGCCCUCCAUCACCUACGUCUCUCCAUUGUGGUCAUUUAUGUAACUGGCCAGGGCGUGUGUUAAAACUAGAAGUCCCUUGAGGGUCCGACCCAGGUCUGUCACAUUGACAUCCCGAAGGGAAAGCUUGAUUUACCCUGCCACCAUGGGCGACAACCUGGUCCCAGCGAGGUUAAUCAGUCUGUGCAAGGUCGGGUCUGCUGACCCCACUAAGCAGCUUGAGCCUCCUAAUCCAGGGCCAGCAGGAACCUCAGGACAGACGGCAGUGGCUCGCGGAAGGUGACAGGGCCAUCUUGGCCUUCUUCUGCGGACCCUGUCGGGGAGGGGAUGGGGCAGCUGAGUCAUGUGCACCACUCUUUUCGUGCUCAGCACCUUGGCCAUGCUCUGGCGCCGCCGAUUCGCCAACCGGGUCCAACCAGAGCCCAGCGGAGCAGACGGGGCAGUAAUGGGCAGCAGCUCGGAAACAGACCUCCAGUCCUCGGGCAGGGAGAAAGAGUCUCUGAAGUAAGUUCUCACUUCUUCAGGAGGAGCUCGGCCCCAGGGACCGACAUCAACCGGCAGAGACAGCUCAAGUCCCGGCUGGCCCCCCACCUACAAAGGAUGCUGUGGUGGAAGGAGCAGCAGCACGCUGGAGAAUGGGAAAAAGCAGCCAUCGAGAAGCCUCGGCUCUGCACUCUGCCGUUUCCAGGUGGCCUGUCUCCUUGCACGAGUCUGAGGAAUUGUCAGGCCAAGGUCACCUGGCAGGACAGGGGCUGGCUGGCGGCCCAGACACACCUCCACAAAGCGACACCCCUUCGCAGCUCUGUUCCAGGAACCCGCUCAGGGGCCGGUGGCUCCUCCAGGCAUCCGUCCCAGAUGAAGGGAGGGAAGGCGAGGGGACGGGGGAUGGGGGCGGGGAGUGUGUUGGCUGGCCUUGGCGGCUGCCUGGACCCUGGCAGCUGGGGUGCCAUGUGGGCUGGGCGGGAGGGGCCCCCUCCCCCAGGGAGCGGCUGGCUUCGGUGGGAGCAGAUUGUGUUUACACCUUCCCCACACACCUAGCCCACGCUCCCUCUUAUUCCCCGGGGCUCUCCCACCCCUGGGCUCUCUGCACAACGUGCACAUUUGCAGCCCCUCUCCUGCUGCAGGAAGUGGCCACCCUCAGCCCAUGCUGGGCCCCAAGUGCUCCUGCCUCAGCCCACUGUCGCAGGGGGUGGACCCAGUGUCCCCAAGAGGCUGCCUCCUCCCAUCCUCCCCCGCCCCCCGCCCCAGCCCUAUUUCCUUGGAAAGAGCUGCUGCUUGGGAAUGGGAGCAGGAAAGCCCAGGGGCUUGGCAGACAGAAGGGAUUAAGGGCAACCAGAGAGGCAGCUCAGAGACUGAGAGCUGGGGCUCCCCUGGCCCCGGGGGCGGGGCGGGGGGGGGCGGUCCUGCCUCUCAUGAAAUAACAACGCAGAAUCUGAGAGUGAGGAGUCCGGGCUCAGAGCACCAGAUAGGAGUCCAGACUCCACCAUCACUUCCCAGUUCUGUGGCCUUGGAUGGGUUACUGAACGUCCCCAACCUGGGGUUUCUCCUACGAGCAGGAUUAUGGUAAACCUGUCUCUGAGUGGUCGUCAGAGAUAAAUUAGAUAACGUGUCUGAAGUGCUCAGCAAGCCUUCCAUAUAUCUGAGCCCGGGAGGCAGUGUUAAGUACAGAACAACAGGUCACUUUGCCAACAAUGGUGGGUUCAGAGCAGCUAGUGCUUCGCCUCCUUGCCCCGUGGCCCUUCCUGCCCUGUCUUUCCACAAACGCAACAGCAGGGCGAUGGGCAGUUCUGAAACAAGCCAGAGCCAAGCCCAGCCCAGCCCUGGGGCACCUGGGAAGACCCAGCAACCAGGCAGUCAGGACCAGGGAGCAUCGCUGCUGCCUCUGUGUGCCUGGAGCCCUGUCCUAACCUCCAGGGGGAGGCCUGGCCUGGACACCCCCCCUCCCACUGGCUCUGCUUCCGUGCAUGUAUCUUAGCUCCUAAGGAAGACAGGAGGUGAUGGCCUUGAUGUUUUUCCAUUCUCCCUCUGAAUGCUAAUCUCUCUGCCAGUCGGAGCCUGAGUGACAGGGGAAAGGCUGCUCUGAGCUGCAGGGUGGCCAGGGGCGGCAGCCAGGAGCAGGGAGGUGCUGCUGUCUGCUACUUCUGUGGCUGCUGCCAGUCUCUCCUGGAGAUUGGAGCAUGACUGGAGAGCUAAUGAGGUGGUGGAGGAGGGUGUGGGGAGCAGGAGAAGCAGACACAGCAGCUCUAUGAGCCACUGAUGUCCUGUGUCACCCUAGGGGACAGAUGCUGCCACAGGGAGAGCCCUGCCCAUCCCAAACCCAAACACGCGGUUGUGCAGGAGGGUCGUGGGCAAGGGCGCCCAGCAGAGGCCCUAGUUCAAGAUGAAGCAGGCGCGAUGGCACCGGGACUGGUCCCACGGUUUCCUAGGGACCCUUUACAGGACCUCAGUUAGGAAGAAACCCAAGACCUUGAGCUAGAGGGAAGUCAUGCUUCUUCGUGAGCCUCGAAAGAAGAGAAAUGGCCAAGGUUUACAACCCGCCUAUCGCUGUGACAUACACACCCAGACGGUGACGAAAGGGACAGUGCCUGACGCGCCAGUGAGGACAACAGGAGGAGCCUGGCCGAGCCUAGUCACUUGACCUUUCCUUCUCUGCACCUUAUCUCCCCUCUUAACAAGCAGUACGGACCCCGGGUGGGCUGGUGCUGAGCCUGAGAGGGACCCCCGACUACUCUCAGAAGAACGGUCUGUUCAGAUGAAGGGGAUGGACCAUUUCCCAAUUCCCCCAGUCCAGACAGGCGACGAUGGACCGUGUUUGGAGGUGCUGACGAUGACUGGCUCCCUCGGCAAGUGUGGAUGGAGCCCAUGUGCCAGGUCCCUUGGGUGCAGAAAUAGGGUGAGACUUCCUGCCACAAAGAACUAGAAAACCCAGCAAAGUAGAAGCAACCAGUACUUGGCAGCGGGUGCCACACGGGAUGGUGACCCCAUGGCUGCCUCAAGUCUGCCUCACACAGGUCCCUGCCUGUGGCGUGGGGCAGGGAACCCCAGCAGACAGCAGUGGUCCUGUUCCAGUGAGGAGACAAGGUCAGAGCUCAGGGCAGUGUGCUGUUCCUAAGGAUAUCCACACAGACCCAUGGGAUCCCCAAAACAGACACUAUGAAAGUGAUCCAAAGGAGAAAGAAAAGUGCUUUUGAGAGUAUACAAAAAGCACUAACCAUAAAAGAAAAACAGAUAAAUUGGACUUUAUCAAAAUUCUUGGAAAACCUGGAAGAAAAUAUUUGCCAAGCAAAGGUCUGAGAAAGGACCUGUGUCCAGCAUAUAUAAAGAACUUUUACAACUCAAUAAGAAGACAGCCAGACAAAAAGGGGGAGAGGGUUUUAAUAGAUACUUUGUAAGAAAGUAUACAUAUGGCUAAUAAACACAUAAAAAGAUACACAAUAUCAUAAGUCAUCAAGGAAAUGCAAAUUAAAACCACAACCACUCAAUGGCAUGGCUAAAAGACCGACCACAACAGGUGUUGGUGAACAACCAUGCCCCUGUGCUAACGCAUUGCUGGGAAGCCAGUUUGGCAGUUUCUUAGGAAGUUAUCCAAGAGGAAUGAACCCGUCGGUCCACAAGAAGACUUGUACAGAGAAGUUCACAGCAGUGUUUUUAAUAAUAUCUCCAAACUGGAAACAGAUAUUAAUAAUAUCUCCAAACCGGAAAUAUCCACCAACAGGCGAAUGGAUCAAAAAGGAGGCAGUGUCAGGGCGCCUGGGGGCUCAGCGGGUUAAGCCUCUGCCUUCAGCUCAGGUCAUGAUCUCA